UCUUCAAGGGCCAGACAGGCCUUGGAGGCAACGCAGGUGGAGGAGGAUCCUGCUUGGGAAGUCACAUCGGGACCCAGUGUGCUGGCCAAAUCCCAAACCUCUGACGUGGAUCGUCGGAAGAGAUCAGGGUUUCCAGCUACUUGUAAAAGCUUGUCACCACCAACAAAGUCAGCUGGCCAAGAUCCAAAGAAGCCACGGCUUAAAACACAGGCUAGUGAGUUUGAGCUCGGAAGCAAAGUGGAAUCAAAGAAUCAGCCUCAAGGCCAUGCCACUGGUGAUCUCCGUCCAGAUUCUCACACUGAUAACCUCCUUCAGGACCAUGCUACGGGCAUGCUCCUCCAAGACUUUGCCUCUCAAGUGCUCCUUCAGGGCCCUCACACUGAUGUGCUCCUUGUGGCAGACAUCUUGGCUUCUUGUAGGUUCCCGUCCAGUCCCCUAGGGGCACAUGCUAGUGGGGGGGCACCAGCUUUCCAGGCGCUAUAUGGCCUCAAAACAAGUGGACAGGGUAGCCAGGGACAGCAACAAUCCAGAAAACCCAAACUUAGGGACCCAUAUAAGAGCCAAAGUGAGGUGCCUGCUCCAACUAACGAGCAGAGGGCCAUUAGGAGACUCCAACCCGGAGAGCAUGAAGAACCGAAGAGCAUCCAGGGACCACAGGGACCUGGGAAACCAAAAGUUAAGGACCCGUGUAGGGGCCAGAUGGCCUCGUCUGAUGAGGGAGCGGUCUGUGCACGGCUCAGACCAGGGGAAGAUGAGGACUGGAGGGCCUUUAAGAGGCUCCAACCAGAAGAGGAUGAAGAAGCAGAGGCCCAGAGUGAGGUGCCUGCCCCAGCUGAGGAGCAGGACUGGGGAAGCAAACCGGGAGAGCACGAAGAAAGGUCUUCAGGCCUGAGAGCCCCCCAAGCCAGUGGGCGGAGCCUUCCUCCCCCGGCCAGGGGAGCUGGAGAGUCCCUCGGCAGGAAACACCUCCAGCCAGGGCAGGGGCACGUCUCACCAGAAGGCCACUUCAGUAAAAGGAUGAGGCACUUUCAUCAGUGCCUUACUCCCAAGAAAAAAUGCAAAGAAACGGAAGUUUUCCUUCAAAAAAGCAAGCCUGCAUCUAACACUGCUCAGCGCCAGGAGCCCAACAAAGGCAGAUUUGUUACGAACAGCGCGACUGUUGAUGCUCGGACAGUC